AUGACUCCAGAAGGUUCUAUCCGAUUGCAGCAAUGCCACCUCUUGAAUCGCACCGUCAUCAAGAGGUUUAUGAUCCAAAGACCCGAUGGCGAACAGCGAUUCUUUGGUUUCCAAAGCCCCUCGAAGUUCCGCAUCACACUGUCUGUAUUGUCUUAUGCAGAGUCGAUGCUUUGUCUUGAUAUCUAUCCUAAUGAAUCCGAAUAUACGGAACUCGGGCCUGCUGCUUGUAUCGAACUGGUUCCGAUUCAGCCAAAUCGAUAUUCCCGUCGGAAAGAUGCAUCAGAAUGCCCGGGAGAUCUUGUAGAAGGCUAUGAAGCGGCUUGA